ACCGUCUCGCAGGAGAUUCGGCGAGCGCCUCGGGAAUUGUCUCUCACUUCGGAUGACGUCGGCUGCUGAGGAAGUUGGACUUUGUGCUCUGCGGACCGCGACAAAGCCGCACUCGGCCAAGAUGGAGCCCGCCGAUCCAAAUGAGAAGCAAAAUGACCACGCCGAAAUCCACGGACCUGUGGCGGGUGUCUACCUGGAGAAGUCCAAGCGGACGAUCAGCAUAUACGAAGCCAUGAAGAAACGUCUGCUUAAACCCGGCACAGCGUUAGCCCUGCUGGAAGCGCAGGCCGCCACAGUGGGUAUCGUACACCCCGGGAAGAACCAAAUACUUCCAGUCGUGGAGGCCAUCAAGGAGGAACUCAUCGGACCGGAGUUGAGGGAGAAGCUUCUCUUCGCCGAGAAGGCCGUCACUGGUUUCGUGGACCCUUACACCAACCAAACCAUCUCUCUGUUCCAAGCCAUGCAAAAAGAUUUAGUGCCCAGAGAUUACGGCUUGAGAUUACUUCAAGCGCAAAUUGCCACGCGUGGCCUGUUCGACCCCAUUGAGAAGACAAACAUUGCAAUUGAGUCAGCCAUCCAGAAAGGCUACUAUGAGAAAGGGCUGCUGGAUGACCAGAUGUCCGAGUUAAAGGUUUUCUUCGCUCCUAGUGCACAACAGCACGUCAACUACCAAACGCUGAUGGAGAAAUGUAUCAAGGAACCUGACACAGGCCUGCUUCUUCUUCCCGUCUUCAUCACCUUCAAGGGGCUGAGACGAGGCAUUUCGUCUGCAGAACUCUUGGAGUCCAAGAUUAUUGACAAAGAAAUCUACGAAGACCUACAGAAGGGGACGAUCACAACCCAGCGUGUGAUGUUGAAUGAGACGGUGAAGGAAUACCUUCAGGGCAAAGGCAGCAUCGCCGGCGUUGCGAUACUCUCAUCCAAUCAGAGAUUUAGCAUCUAUGAAGCCAGGAAGCGCGGAAUACUGAUGCCUGGGACUGCGCUAGUUCUGCUGGAGGCGCAGGCCGCAACCGGAUUCAUGAUUGAUCCCGCAGAAAACAAAACGUUCACAGUGGACGAGGCUGUGAAAAACAAGGUCAUUGGCCCGGAAUAUUACAACAAGCUGCGGUCUGCCGAACGAGCGGUGACCGGAUACAAAGACCCGUACACCGACGAAAGCAUUUCCCUCUUUCAAGCACUUUCAAAAGAUCUCAUCUUGAAGGAGCACGGGAUCCGCCUACUGGAGGCGCAAAUUGCCACAGGUGGAAUCAUCGACCCCAUCCACAGCCACAGACUCCCCACGGAGGUGGCCUUCAAAAGAGGCUAUUUUGACCAAGAAAUGAAUGCCAUACUUGAAGAGUCAGGAGAUGACACAAAGGGAUUCUUUGACCCAAACACAGAGGAGAAUCUCACGUAUCGUCAGCUGAUUGAAAGGUGCGUCACCGAUCCUGUCACCGGACUCUGCCUCCUCCCACUUCGAGGCAAAUCUGAUGGACUGAACUACACCUUCAUUGACUACCAAACUAAGAUGGCCUUCAAACAGAAGAAGGUGAAGGUGACAUGCGGCAAGUAUGCGGGAAUGACGGUAUCUCUGUGGGAGCUGCUGAUGUCGGAAUACUUGGAUGAAGAGCAGAGGAAAUGCAUCAUACGGAAGUACAGAGAGGGGAAGAUCACUAUCGAGACGAUUGUUACAACAGUUCUGGAACUCAUCGAGACGUCCGUCAAAACCACCAAGGUCACCUUUGAAGGCAUCAGAGAAACAGUCACAGCCAAACAGCUGGUUGAGGCUGACAUCAUCAGUGAGGAGGUCCUAGAUGAUCUCAAGAAAGGGAAGAAGUCUGUGAAGGAAGUGGUUGAGGAUCAAAACUUACAUGUGUAUCUACAGGGGAAAGGCAGUAUUGCAGGUGUUCUUCUGCCUGACUCCCAGAUCCUGACCAUCUACCAAGCAAGACAGAAAGGCAAACUGAUGCCUGGAACAGCUCAUAUUUUACUCGAGGCACAGGCGGCAACAGGAUUCAUCAUUGAUCCCAUUGGAAACAGAAAGUUUUCCGUAGAUGAGGCCAUCAAAGCCAAGAUUGUUGGGCCAGAUUUGUGCCAGAAGCUGCGCUCUGCAGAGAAAGCGGUGACAGGUUACAAAGACCCGUAUUACGGGAACACAAUCUCUCUGUUCCAAGCAAUGCAAAAAGACCUCAUCCUAAAGGAUCACGGAAUUCGACUCUUGGAGGCACAAAUUGCCACGGGCGGCAUUAUCGACCCGGUUAACAGCCAUCGCAUUCCUGUCCAAGUGGCCUCCAAGCGGGGGUACUUCAAUGAGGAGAUGAACGAGAUCCUGAGUGAUCCCAGCGAUGACACCAAAGGGUUUUUUGACCCCAACACUCACGAGAACCUCACCUACUUGCAACUAAUGGCCAGAUGUGUCACAGACCCCAGUACGGGACUUUGCCUCCUUCCACUUAAAGGGAAAAGCCACAAAAUCAACAUAGAUGAUACCAUGAAGGAACUGUUCAGAACAACAGUUGUUUCUGUACGGUAUGGCCGCUUCGAGGGAAAGCGCAGCACUCUUUGGGACCUCAUCAAUUCAGAGUAUCUGUCUGAGGAAAAACGACAGGAGUUCUUCAAACUCUUCAAGUCAAGGAGACUCACAAUCGAGGAAAUCAUUGAGUCAAUUGUAGUCAUCAUUGAGAGCAAGGAGAUAAAGCGGCAAGCAGAGCUAAACUUCCGAGGCCUCAGAGGGGAGGUGUCCGUUGUGGAUCUUUUGGAGCUUGAAAUAGUGGAUGAAAAAACCUACAACAACCUAAUUGAUGGAACAUUAAGAAGCGCCGACGUGUUGCAGAUGGACAGCGUGAGAGCCUACCUACAAGGGAAAAGCUGCGUUGCCGGCGUGAUACUACAGCCUUCCAAUCAGAAGCUGAGAAUCUACGAAGCACAGAAAGCUGGCAUCCUGACACCCAGCACGGCUCUUUGCCUCCUAGAAGCACAGGCGGCCACGGGGUUCAUUGUCGAUCCGUUGGCAAACAAAAAGCUCACCGUGGAACAAGCACUUCGGGAAAUGUUAAUUGGUCCUCAGAUGUAUGAAAAGCUUCUGUCUGCAGAGCGGGCUGUCACUGGUUACACCGAUCCAUACACGGGCCAAAAGAUUUCUCUUUUCCAAGCCUUGAAAAAGGAUCUCAUUGUGAAGGAGCACGGCAUUCGUUUACUUGAGGCUCAAAUUGCGACAGGUGGUAUCAUUGAUCCCUCGAAAUGCCUUCACUUACCUCUUGAUGUUGCCUACAGGAAAGGAUAUUUUGACGAAGAAUUGAAUCAAAUUCUGCUGGAUCCGAGUGACGACACAAAAGGGUUUUUUGACCCUACCACCAAAGAGAAUCUGACAUACAUGGAAAUGUUGGGCAGGUGUGUAAAAGAUAAAGAAACAGGACUGUUCCUUUUACCAAUGACCGGCCCACCAAAAGCCUCACAAACAAACGUGAAGCUGUACACUGACGGUGAGAUAAAACAAGUGUUUGAAGAGGCGACAGUGAGCAUAUCAGCAGGACGCUAUGCAGGGAAAUCAAUUUCUCUGUGGGACUUGAUCCACUCUGGCUACUUCACUGAAGACCAUUGUCUUGAACUGAUUGAAAACUUUAGAACAGGAAAGGUCACCACACACAUGAUCAUCACCAUAGUAAUUUCUACAAUUGAAAAACUGGAGAAGAGUGAAGCGCCCAAAAUGAUAAUGGGCCUGAGAAAGCUUGUCUCUGCCAAACAACUCCUGGUCUCUGGCAUUAUUGACAGUGACACAUUCAAACAGGUGCAGGAAGACAAAUUUACUUUGGAAAAAGUCAUUAAAAGUGAGUGCGUGCAACAAUACCUGAAUGGAAGCAGCAGCAUUGCUGGAGUUAAAGUGUAUCCAUCACAGACAGUUCUGAGCAUCUACGGUGCAAAAACCGAAGGUAUGUUGACAGAUGGCAUUGCACUUUUACUGCUCGAAGCGCAGGCUUCAACAGGAUGGAUCAUUGAUCCUCUCGAAAACAAGUUCUACACUGUCGAUGAGGCCGCAAAAGAGGAGGUCAUUGGGCCAGAUGUGCGUGAGCGGCUUCUGUUGGCUGAGCGAGCCAUCACUGGCUAUAAAGACCCCUACACAGACUCAACAAUAUCACUGUUUGAGGCUAUGAAUGAGCAGCUGAUUCCAAGAAGUGACGCCAUUCGUCUUCUUCAAGCACAAAUAGCAACGGGCGGAAUUGUAGACCCAAACAGGAGUCACAGGCUACAUGUUAAUGUCGCAGUCAAAAGGGGACUUCUGGACGACCAACUCAGAAUCCUUCUGCUGAACCCCCCUGAAAAUUUAAAGGGAUACUUUGACCCGACCACGAAAGAAAAACUCUCCUACCUCGAGCUAAUGGACAGAUGUGAAACAGAUCCUGAAACGGGGCUGCUUCUUGUACCACUACAUGAGGAGAAAUCCAAUGUUUUUCACACAAAGGAACAAAUAGAGCUUGAGUUGAAAAACAAAAGAAUUGUCAUGAGUGUGGGGAAAUUCAAGAGCAAAGAUGUGACCUUGUGGGAAGUGUUGCUGUCUGAAUACAUAUCCCAGCAGAAAAGGGAGCAGCUCAUACAACAAUACAAGACCGGCACCAUAACAGUUGAAGAGUUAAGUGAAAUACUAACAGUCAUCAUUUCAGAGGUGUCGUCCAAAGAAAGAAAGUUCCAAGGACUGAGGAAGCAGGUCUCAGCAAGUCAGCUGUUUGAAUCCAAGAUCAUCUCGAAGGAGCUUUUCACGCAAAUUAUACAAGGGGAAGUGACUGUAGACAGUGUUAACAAAAUGGAAUCCAUACAAAGGUAUCUUGGGGCGACAAACUGCAUAGCCGGUGUCAGAGUUGAGUCUACAAAGAAGGUCAUGAGCAUCUAUGAAGCAAAGUCCGCACGUCUGCUAACUCCUGGGACAUCUCUUGUGCUCCUCGAAGCCCAAGCUGCCACUGGCUUUGUUAUUGACCCAGUCAACAACAAGAAACUUUCGGUCGAAGAAGCAGUGGCUCAGAGAGUGGUUGGCAGUGAGUGGAAAAAGAAGCUGCUCUCAGCAGAACAAGCUGUCACAGGAUACAUAGACCCCUACACAGGUGAGACAAUUUCCUUAUUCCAGGCCUUGGUAAAGGAUCUCAUAGUCAAAGAGCAUGGAAUUCGUCUUCUUGAGGCUCAAAUUGCCACAGGAGGCAUCAUUGACCCAGUAUUCAGUCACAGAGUGCCCGUGCAGGUGGCUUACCGAAGAGGCUACUUUGAUGAGGAAAUGAACCAGAUUUUGUCCGACCCAGAUGACGACACCAAGGGCUUUUUUGAUCCCAACACACAAGAGAACCUCACUUAUCUCCAGCUUAUAGAGAGGUGUGUCACUGACCCAAACACAGGCCUCAACUUACUAUCCAUUGUGAAGAAAGGGGAGUUCUAUUUCUAUGUUGAUGAGGCCACGAAACUCACCCUGAAAUCAAAGACAACCACCAGAGCAGGCGGGAAGUAUCACGGAACAACGGUGUCGCUGUGGGAUCUGCUCUACUCUCGAUACAUCACUGAGGAGAAGAGGCGAGAGCUUGUGCGACAGUACAAAUCUGGAGCCAUCACGAUUGAACGCUUUUUGGAGAUCAUCUUGAUUAUCACUCAGCAGCAGACCACCACCGCCGCAACCUCAUCGGUCAUCACAUGUCAAACACCAGAAACAAAGGUUGACAGCAGCACCGCGGAGACCACCAUCACCACCACAGUCACAGAGACCGGAAGCUUCCAUGGUAUUAGGAAGGAUGUCAGUGCUACGGAGUUGCUUCAAUCCAAAAUCAUCACUGAAGACCUCUACGAAGAUCUCAACGCAGGAACAAUCACAGUAAAGGAAGUGAGUGAAAUGGACUCGGUCCGCAGGUACCUGGAAGGGACCAACUGCAUUGCAGGUGUGCACUUGCAGUCCACAAAAGAGACGCUGAGCAUUUAUGAAGCAAAGUCCAGAGGCCUGCUGACUCCUGGGACGUCCCUCGUGCUCCUGGAAGCCCAGGCUGCCACCGGCUUUGUCGUAGACCCAGUCAACAACAAGAAACUUUCGGUCGAAGAAGCUGUGGCUCUGAGAGUGGUUGGCAGCGAGUGGCAAAAGAAGCUGCUCUCAGCAGAACGAGCUGUCACGGGAUACAGAGACCCUUACACGGAAAAAACAAUCUCUCUGUUCCAGGCCCUGAAAAAAGACCUGAUCGUCAAAGAGCAUGGAAUUCGUCUUCUUGAGGCUCAAAUUGCCACAGGAGGCAUCGUUGACCCAGUAUUCAGUCACAGAGUGCCCGUGCAGGUGGCUUACCGAAGAGGCUACUUUGAUGAGGAAAUGAACCAGAUUUUGUCCGACCCAGAUGACGACACCAAGGGCUUUUUUGAUCCCAACACACAAGAGAACCUCACCUAUCUCCAACUGGUCGAGAGGUGCAUCACAGAUCCCGUCACUGGACUUAGUUUGUUAGUUAUUGUGAAGAAAGGGGAGUUCUAUUUCUAUGUUGAUGAGGCCACGAAACUCACCCUGAAAUCAAAGACAACCACCCGAGCAGGCGGGAAGUAUCACGGAACAACGGUGUCGCUGUGGGAUCUGCUCUACUCUCGAUACAUCACUGAGGAGAAGAGGCGAGAGCUUGUGCGACAGUACAAAUCUGGAGCCAUCACGAUUGAACGCUUUUUGGAGAUCAUCUUGAUUAUCACUCAGCAGCAGACCACCACCGCCGCAACCUCACCGGUCAUCACAUGUCAAACACCAGAAACAAAGGUUGACAGCAGCACCGCGGAGACCACCAUCACCACCACAGUCACAGAGACCGGAAGCUUCCAUGGUAUUCGGAAGGAUGUCAGUGCUACGGAGUUGCUUCAAUCCAAAAUCAUCACUGAAGACCUCUACGAAGAUCUCAACGCAGGAACAAUCACAGUAAAGGAAGUGAGUGAAAUGGACUCGGUCCGCAGGUACCUGGAAGGGACCAACUGCAUUGCAGGUGUGCACUUGCAGUCCACAAAAGAGACGCUGAGCAUUUAUGAAGCAAAGUCCAGAGGCCUGCUGACUCCUGGGACGUCCCUCGUGCUCCUGGAAGCCCAGGCUGCCACCGGCUUUGUCGUAGACCCAGUCAACAACAAGAAACUUUCGGUCGAAGAAGCUGUGGCUCUGAGAGUGGUUGGCAGCGAGUGGCAAAAGAAGCUGCUCUCAGCAGAACGAGCUGUCACGGGAUACAGAGACCCUUACACGGAAAAAACAAUCUCUCUGUUCCAGGCCCUGAAAAAAGACCUGAUCGUCAAAGAGCAUGGAAUUCGUCUUCUUGAGGCUCAAAUUGCCACAGGAGGCAUCGUUGACCCAGUAUUCAGUCACAGAGUGCCCGUGCAGGUGGCUUACCGAAGAGGCUACUUUGAUGAGGAAAUGAACCAGAUUUUGUCCGACCCAGAUGACGACACCAAGGGCUUUUUUGAUCCCAACACACAAGAGAACCUCACCUAUCUCCAACUGGUCGAGAGGUGCAUCACAGAUCCCGUCACUGGACUUAGUUUGUUAGUUAUUGUGAAGAAAGGGGAGUUCUAUUUCUAUGUUGAUGAGGCCACGAAACUCACCCUGAAAUCAAAGACAACCACCCGAGCAGGCGGCAAGUAUCACGGAACAACGGUGUCGCUGUGGGAUCUGCUCUACUCUCGAUACAUCACUGAGGAGAAGAGGCGAGAGCUUGUGCGACAGUACAAAUCUGGAGCCAUCACGAUUGAACGCUUUUUGGAGAUCAUCUUGAUUAUCACUCAGCAGCAGACCACCACCGCCGCAACCUCACCGGUCAUCACAUGUCAAACACCAGAAACAAAGGUUGACAGCAGCACCGCGGAGACCACCAUCACCACCACAGUCACAGAGACCGGAAGCUUCCAUGGUAUUCGGAAGGAUGUCAGUGCUACGGAGUUGCUUCAAUCCAAAAUCAUCACUGAAGACCUCUACGAAGAUCUCAACGCAGGAACAAUCACAGUAAAGGAAGUGAGUGAAAUGGACUCGGUCCGCAGGUACCUGGAAGGGACCAACUGCAUUGCAGGUGUGCACUUGCAGUCCACAAAAGAGACGCUGAGCAUUUAUGAAGCAAAGUCCAGAGGCCUGCUGACUCCUGGGACGUCCCUCGUGCUCCUGGAAGCCCAGGCUGCCACCGGCUUUGUCGUAGACCCAGUCAACAACAAGAAACUUUCGGUCGAAGAAGCUGUGGCUCUGAGAGUGGUUGGCAGCGAGUGGCAAAAGAAGCUGCUCUCAGCAGAACGAGCUGUCACGGGAUACAGAGACCCUUACACGGAAAAAACAAUCUCUCUGUUCCAGGCCCUGAAAAAAGACCUGAUCGUCAAAGAGCAUGGAAUUCGUCUUCUUGAGGCUCAAAUUGCCACAGGAGGCAUCGUUGACCCAGUAUUCAGUCACAGAGUGCCCGUGCAGGUGGCUUACCGAAGAGGCUACUUUGAUGAGGAAAUGAACCAGAUUUUGUCCGACCCAGAUGACGACACCAAGGGCUUUUUUGAUCCCAACACACAAGAGAACCUCACCUAUCUCCAACUGGUCGAGAGGUGCAUCACAGAUCCCGUCACUGGACUUAGUUUGUUAGUUAUUGUGAAGAAAGGGGAGUUCUAUUUCUAUGUUGAUGAGGCCACGAAACUCACCCUGAAAUCAAAGACAACCACCCGAGCAGGCGGCAAGUAUCACGGAACAACGGUGUCGCUGUGGGAUCUGCUCUACUCUCGAUACAUCACUGAGGAGAAGAGGCGAGAGCUUGUGCGACAGUACAAAUCUGGAGCCAUCACGAUUGAACGCUUUUUGGAGAUCAUCUUGAUUAUCACUCAGCAGCAGACCACCACCGCCGCAACCUCACCGGUCAUCACAUGUCAAACACCAGAAACAAAGGUUGACAGCAGCACCGCGGAGACCACCAUCACCACCACAGUCACAGAGACCGGAAGCUUCCAUGGUAUUCGGAAGGAUGUCAGUGCUACGGAGUUGCUUCAAUCCAAAAUCAUCACUGAAGACCUCUACGAAGAUCUCAACGCAGGAACAAUCACAGUAAAGGAAGUGAGUGAAAUGGACUCGGUCCGCAGGUACCUGGAAGGGACCAACUGCAUUGCAGGUGUGCACUUGCAGUCCACAAAAGAGACGCUGAGCAUUUAUGAAGCAAAGUCCAGAGGCCUGCUGACUCCUGGGACGUCCCUCGUGCUCCUGGAAGCCCAGGCUGCCACCGGCUUUGUCGUAGACCCAGUCAACAACAAGAAACUUUCGGUCGAAGAAGCUGUGGCUCUGAGAGUGGUUGGCAGCGAGUGGCAAAAGAAGCUGCUCUCAGCAGAACGAGCUGUCACGGGAUACAGAGACCCUUACACGGAAAAAACAAUCUCUCUGUUCCAGGCCCUGAAAAAAGACCUGAUCGUCAAAGAGCAUGGAAUUCGUCUUCUUGAGGCUCAAAUUGCCACAGGAGGCAUCGUUGACCCAGUAUUCAGUCACAGAGUGCCCGUGCAGGUGGCUUACCGAAGAGGCUACUUUGAUGAGGAAAUGAACCAGAUUUUGUCCGACCCAGAUGACGACACCAAGGGCUUUUUUGAUCCCAACACACAAGAGAACCUCACCUAUCUCCAACUGGUCGAGAGGUGCAUCACAGAUCCCGUCACUGGACUUAGUUUGUUAGUUAUUGUGAAGAAAGGGGAGUUCUAUUUCUAUGUUGAUGAGGCCACGAAACUCACCCUGAAAUCAAAGACAACCACCCGAGCAGGCGGCAAGUAUCACGGAACAACGGUGUCGCUGUGGGAUCUGCUCUACUCUCGAUACAUCACUGAGGAGAAGAGGCGAGAGCUUGUGCGACAGUACAAAUCUGGAGCCAUCACGAUUGAACGCUUUUUGGAGAUCAUCUUGAUUAUCACUCAGCAGCAGACCACCACCGCCGCAACCUCACCGGUCAUCACAUGUCAAACACCAGAAACAAAGGUUGACAGCAGCACCGCGGAGACCACCAUCACCACCACAGUCACAGAGACCGGAAGCUUCCAUGGUAUUCGGAAGGAUGUCAGUGCUACGGAGUUGCUUCAAUCCAAAAUCAUCACUGAAGACCUCUACGAAGAUCUCAACGCAGGAACAAUCACAGUAAAGGAAGUGAGUGAAAUGGACUCGGUCCGCAGGUACCUGGAAGGGACCAACUGCAUUGCAGGUGUGCACUUGCAGUCCACAAAAGAGACGCUGAGCAUUUAUGAAGCAAAGUCCAGAGGCCUGCUGACUCCUGGGACGUCCCUCGUGCUCCUGGAAGCCCAGGCUGCCACCGGCUUUGUCGUAGACCCAGUCAACAACAAGAAACUUUCGGUCGAAGAAGCUGUGGCUCUGAGAGUGGUUGGCAGCGAGUGGCAAAAGAAGCUGCUCUCAGCAGAACGAGCUGUCACGGGAUACAGAGACCCUUACACGGAAAAAACAAUCUCUCUGUUCCAGGCCCUGAAAAAAGACCUGAUCGUCAAAGAGCAUGGAAUUCGUCUUCUUGAGGCUCAAAUUGCCACAGGAGGCAUCGUUGACCCAGUAUUCAGUCACAGAGUGCCCGUGCAGGUGGCUUACCGAAGAGGCUACUUUGAUGAGGAAAUGAACCAGAUUUUGUCCGACCCAGAUGACGACACCAAGGGCUUUUUUGAUCCCAACACACAAGAGAACCUCACCUAUCUCCAACUGGUCGAGAGGUGCAUCACAGAUCCCGUCACUGGACUUAGUUUGUUAGUUAUUGUGAAGAAAGGGGAGUUCUAUUUCUAUGUUGAUGAGGCCACGAAACUCACCCUGAAAUCAAAGACAACCACCCGAGCAGGCGGCAAGUAUCACGGAACAACGGUGUCGCUGUGGGAUCUGCUCUACUCUCGAUACAUCACUGAGGAGAAGAGGCGAGAGCUUGUGCGACAGUACAAAUCUGGAGCCAUCACGAUUGAACGCUUUUUGGAGAUCAUCUUGAUUAUCACUCAGCAGCAGACCACCACCGCCGCAACCUCACCGGUCAUCACAUGUCAAACACCAGAAACAAAGGUUGACAGCAGCACCGCGGAGACCACCAUCACCACCACAGUCACAGAGACCGGAAGCUUCCAUGGUAUUCGGAAGGAUGUCAGUGCUACGGAGUUGCUUCAAUCCAAAAUCAUCACUGAAGACCUCUACGAAGAUCUCAACGCAGGAACAAUCACAGUAAAGGAAGUGAGUGAAAUGGACUCGGUCCGCAGGUACCUGGAAGGGACCAACUGCAUUGCAGGUGUGCACUUGCAGUCCACAAAAGAGACGCUGAGCAUUUAUGAAGCAAAGUCCAGAGGCCUGCUGACUCCUGGGACGUCCCUCGUGCUCCUGGAAGCCCAGGCUGCCACCGGCUUUGUCGUAGACCCAGUCAACAACAAGAAACUUUCGGUCGAAGAAGCUGUGGCUCUGAGAGUGGUUGGCAGCGAGUGGCAAAAGAAGCUGCUCUCAGCAGAACGAGCUGUCACGGGAUACAGAGACCCUUACACGGAAAAAACAAUCUCUCUGUUCCAGGCCCUGAAAAAAGACCUGAUCGUCAAAGAGCAUGGAAUUCGUCUUCUUGAGGCUCAAAUUGCCACAGGAGGCAUCGUUGACCCAGUAUUCAGUCACAGAGUGCCCGUGCAGGUGGCUUACCGAAGAGGCUACUUUGAUGAGGAAAUGAACCAGAUUUUGUCCGACCCAGAUGACGACACCAAGGGCUUUUUUGAUCCCAACACACAAGAGAACCUCACCUAUCUCCAACUGGUCGAGAGGUGCAUCACAGAUCCCGUCACUGGACUUAGUUUGUUAGUUAUUGUGAAGAAAGGGGAGUUCUAUUUCUAUGUUGAUGAGGCCACGAAACUCACCCUGAAAUCAAAGACAACCACCCGAGCAGGCGGCAAGUAUCACGGAACAACGGUGUCGCUGUGGGAUCUGCUCUACUCUCGAUACAUCACUGAGGAGAAGAGGCGAGAGCUUGUGCGACAGUACAAAUCUGGAGCCAUCACGAUUGAACGCUUUUUGGAGAUCAUCUUGAUUAUCACUCAGCAGCAGACCACCACCGCCGCAACCUCACCGGUCAUCACAUGUCAAACACCAGAAACAAAGGUUGACAGCAGCACCGCGGAGACCACCAUCACCACCACAGUCACAGAGACCGGAAGCUUCCAUGGUAUUCGGAAGGAUGUCAGUGCUACGGAGUUGCUUCAAUCCAAAAUCAUCACUGAAGACCUCUACGAAGAUCUCAACGCAGGAACAAUCACAGUAAAGGAAGUGAGUGAAAUGGACUCGGUCCGCAGGUACCUGGAAGGGACCAACUGCAUUGCAGGUGUGCACUUGCAGUCCACAAAAGAGACGCUGAGCAUUUAUGAAGCAAAGUCCAGAGGCCUGCUGACUCCUGGGACGUCCCUCGUGCUCCUGGAAGCCCAGGCUGCCACCGGCUUUGUCGUAGACCCAGUCAACAACAAGAAACUUUCGGUCGAAGAAGCUGUGGCUCUGAGAGUGGUUGGCAGCGAGUGGCAAAAGAAGCUGCUCUCAGCAGAACGAGCUGUCACGGGAUACAGAGACCCUUACACGGAAAAAACAAUCUCUCUGUUCCAGGCCCUGAAAAAAGACCUGAUCGUCAAAGAGCAUGGAAUUCGUCUUCUUGAGGCUCAAAUUGCCACAGGAGGCAUCGUUGACCCAGUAUUCAGUCACAGAGUGCCCGUGCAGGUGGCUUACCGAAGAGGCUACUUUGAUGAGGAAAUGAACCAGAUUUUGUCCGACCCAGAUGACGACACCAAGGGCUUUUUUGAUCCCAACACACAAGAGAACCUCACCUAUCUCCAACUGGUCGAGAGGUGCAUCACAGAUCCCGUCACUGGACUUAGUUUGUUAGUUAUUGUGAAGAAAGGGGAGUUCUAUUUCUAUGUUGAUGAGGCCACGAAACUCACCCUGAAAUCAAAGACAACCACCCGAGCAGGCGGCAAGUAUCACGGAACAACGGUGUCGCUGUGGGAUCUGCUCUACUCUCGAUACAUCACUGAGGAGAAGAGGCGAGAGCUUGUGCGACAGUACAAAUCUGGAGCCAUCACGAUUGAACGCUUUUUGGAGAUCAUCUUGAUUAUCACUCAGCAGCAGACCACCACCGCCGCAACCUCACCGGUCAUCACAUGUCAAACACCAGAAACAAAGGUUGACAGCAGCACCGCGGAGACCACCAUCACCACCACAGUCACAGAGACCGGAAGCUUCCAUGGUAUUCGGAAGGAUGUCAGUGCUACGGAGUUGCUUCAAUCCAAAAUCAUCACUGAAGACCUCUACGAAGAUCUCAACGCAGGAACAAUCACAGUAAAGGAAGUGAGUGAAAUGGACUCGGUCCGCAGGUACCUGGAAGGGACCAACUGCAUUGCAGGUGUGCACUUGCAGUCCACAAAAGAGACGCUGAGCAUUUAUGAAGCAAAGUCCAGAGGCCUGCUGACUCCUGGGACGUCCCUCGUGCUCCUGGAAGCCCAGGCUGCCACCGGCUUUGUCGUAGACCCAGUCAACAACAAGAAACUUUCGGUCGAAGAAGCUGUGGCUCUGAGAGUGGUUGGCAGCGAGUGGCAAAAGAAGCUGCUCUCAGCAGAACGAGCUGUCACGGGAUACAGAGACCCUUACACGGAAAAAACAAUCUCUCUGUUCCAGGCCCUGAAAAAAGACCUGAUCGUCAAAGAGCAUGGAAUUCGUCUUCUUGAGGCUCAAAUUGCCACAGGAGGCAUCGUUGACCCAGUAUUCAGUCACAGAGUGCCCGUGCAGGUGGCUUACCGAAGAGGCUACUUUGAUGAGGAAAUGAACCAGAUUUUGUCCGACCCAGAUGACGACACCAAGGGCUUUUUUGAUCCCAACACACAAGAGAACCUCACCUAUCUCCAACUGGUCGAGAGGUGCAUCACAGAUCCCGUCACUGGACUUAGUUUGUUAGUUAUUGUGAAGAAAGGGGAGUUCUAUUUCUAUGUUGAUGAGGCCACGAAACUCACCCUGAAAUCAAAGACAACCACCCGAGCAGGCGGGAAGUAUCACGGAACAACGGUGUCGCUGUGGGAUCUGCUCUACUCUCGAUACAUCACUGAGGAGAAGAGGCGAGAGCUUGUGCGACAGUACAAAUCUGGAGCCAUCACGAUUGAACGCUUUUUGGAGAUCAUCUUGAUUAUCACUCAGCAGCAGACCACCACCGCCGCAACCUCACCGGUCAUCACAUGUCAAACACCAGAAACAAAGGUUGACAGCAGCACCGCGGAGACCACCAUCACCACCACAGUCACAGAGACCGGAAGCUUCCAUGGUAUUCGGAAGGAUGUCAGUGCUACGGAGUUGCUUCAAUCCAAAAUCAUCACUGAAGACCUCUACGAAGAUCUCAACGCAGGAACAAUCACAGUAAAGGAAGUGAGUGAAAUGGACUCGGUCCGCAGGUACCUGGAAGGGACCAACUGCAUUGCAGGUGUGCACUUGCAGUCCACAAAAGAGACGCUGAGCAUUUAUGAAGCAAAGUCCAGAGGCCUGCUGACUCCUGGGACGUCCCUCGUGCUCCUGGAAGCCCAGGCUGCCACCGGCUUUGUCGUAGACCCAGUCAACAACAAGAAACUUUCGGUCGAAGAAGCUGUGGCUCUGAGAGUGGUUGGCAGCGAGUGGCAAAAGAAGCUGCUCUCAGCAGAACGAGCUGUCACGGGAUACAGAGACCCUUACACGGAAAAAACAAUCUCUCUGUUCCAGGCCCUGAAAAAAGACCUGAUCGUCAAAGAGCAUGGAAUUCGUCUUCUUGAGGCUCAAAUUGCCACAGGAGGCAUCGUUGACCCAGUAUUCAGUCACAGAGUGCCCGUGCAGGUGGCUUACCGAAGAGGCUACUUUGAUGAGGAAAUGAACCAGAUUUUGUCCGACCCAGAUGACGACACCAAGGGCUUUUUUGAUCCCAACACACAAGAGAACCUCACCUAUCUCCAACUGGUCGAGAGGUGCAUCACAGAUCCCGUCACUGGACUUAGUUUGUUAGUUAUUGUGAAGAAAGGGGAGUUCUAUUUCUAUGUUGAUGAGGCCACGAAACUCACCCUGAAAUCAAAGACAACCACCCGAGCAGGCGGCAAGUAUCACGGAACAACGGUGUCGCUGUGGGAUCUGCUCUACUCUCGAUACAUCACUGAGGAGAAGAGGCGAGAGCUUGUGCGACAGUACAAAUCUGGAGCCAUCACGAUUGAACGCUUUUUGGAGAUCAUCUUGAUUAUCACUCAGCAGCAGACCACCACCGCCGCAACCUCACCGGUCAUCACAUGUCAAACACCAGAAACAAAGGUUGACAGCAGCACCGCGGAGACCACCAUCACCACCACAGUCACAGAGACCGGAAGCUUCCAUGGUAUUCGGAAGGAUGUCAGUGCUACGGAGUUGCUUCAAUCCAAAAUCAUCACUGAAGACCUCUACGAAGAUCUCAACGCAGGAACAAUCACAGUAAAGGAAGUGAGUGAAAUGGACUCGGUCCGCAGGUACCUGGAAGGGACCAACUGCAUUGCAGGUGUGCACUUGCAGUCCACAAAAGAGACGCUGAGCAUUUAUGAAGCAAAGUCCAGAGGCCUGCUGACUCCUGGGACGUCCCUCGUGCUCCUGGAAGCCCAGGCUGCCACCGGCUUUGUCGUAGACCCAGUCAACAACAAGAAACUUUCGGUCGAAGAAGCUGUGGCUCUGAGAGUGGUUGGCAGCGAGUGGCAAAAGAAGCUGCUCUCAGCAGAACGAGCUGUCACGGGAUACAGAGACCCUUACACGGAAAAAACAAUCUCUCUGUUCCAGGCCCUGAAAAAAGACCUGAUCGUCAAAGAGCAUGGAAUUCGUCUUCUUGAGGCUCAAAUUGCCACAGGAGGCAUCGUUGACCCAGUAUUCAGUCACAGAGUGCCCGUGCAGGUGGCUUACCGAAGAGGCUACUUUGAUGAGGAAAUGAACCAGAUUUUGUCCGACCCAGAUGACGACACCAAGGGCUUUUUUGAUCCCAACACACAAGAGAACCUCACCUAUCUCCAACUGGUCGAGAGGUGCAUCACAGAUCCCGUCACUGGACUUAGUUUGUUAGUUAUUGUGAAGAAAGGGGAGUUCUAUUUCUAUGUUGAUGAGGCCACGAAACUCACCCUGAAAUCAAAGACAACCACCCGAGCAGGCGGCAAGUAUCACGGAACAACGGUGUCGCUGUGGGAUCUGCUCUACUCUCGAUACAUCACUGAGGAGAAGAGGCGAGAGCUUGUGCGACAGUACAAAUCUGGAGCCAUCACGAUUGAACGCUUUUUGGAGAUCAUCUUGAUUAUCACUCAGCAGCAGACCACCACCGCCGCAACCUCACCGGUCAUCACAUGUCAAACACCAGAAACAAAGGUUGACAGCAGCACCGCGGAGACCACCAUCACCACCACAGUCACAGAGACCGGAAGCUUCCAUGGUAUUCGGAAGGAUGUCAGUGCUACGGAGUUGCUUCAAUCCAAAAUCAUCACUGAAGACCUCUACGAAGAUCUCAACGCAGGAACAAUCACAGUAAAGGAAGUGAGUGAAAUGGACUCGGUCCGCAGGUACCUGGAAGGGACCAACUGCAUUGCAGGUGUGCACUUGCAGUCCACAAAAGAGACGCUGAGCAUUUAUGAAGCAAAGUCCAGAGGCCUGCUGACUCCUGGGACGUCCCUCGUGCUCCUGGAAGCCCAGGCUGCCACCGGCUUUGUCGUAGACCCAGUCAACAACAAGAAACUUUCGGUCGAAGAAGCUGUGGCUCUGAGAGUGGUUGGCAGCGAGUGGCAAAAGAAGCUGCUCUCAGCAGAACGAGCUGUCACGGGAUACAGAGACCCUUACACGGAAAAAACAAUCUCUCUGUUCCAGGCCCUGAAAAAAGACCUGAUCGUCAAAGAGCAUGGAAUUCGUCUUCUUGAGGCUCAAAUUGCCACAGGAGGCAUCGUUGACCCAGUAUUCAGUCACAGAGUGCCCGUGCAGGUGGCUUACCGAAGAGGCUACUUUGAUGAGGAAAUGAACCAGAUUUUGUCCGACCCAGAUGACGACACCAAGGGCUUUUUUGAUCCCAACACACAAGAGAACCUCACCUAUCUCCAACUGGUCGAGAGGUGCAUCACAGAUCCCGUCACUGGACUUAGUUUGUUAGUUAUUGUGAAGAAAGGGGAGUUCUAUUUCUAUGUUGAUGAGGCCACGAAACUCACCCUGAAAUCAAAGACAACCACCCGAGCAGGCGGCAAGUAUCACGGAACAACGGUGUCGCUGUGGGAUCUGCUCUACUCUCGAUACAUCACUGAGGAGAAGAGGCGAGAGCUUGUGCGACAGUACAAAUCUGGAGCCAUCACGAUUGAACGCUUUUUGGAGAUCAUCUUGAUUAUCACUCAGCAGCAGACCACCACCGCCGCAACCUCACCGGUCAUCACAUGUCAAACACCAGAAACAAAGGUUGACAGCAGCACCGCGGAGACCACCAUCACCACCACAGUCACAGAGACCGGAAGCUUCCAUGGUAUUCGGAAGGAUGUCAGUGCUACGGAGUUGCUUCAAUCCAAAAUCAUCACUGAAGACCUCUACGAAGAUCUCAACGCAGGAACAAUCACAGUAAAGGAAGUGAGUGAAAUGGACUCGGUCCGCAGGUACCUGGAAGGGACCAACUGCAUUGCAGGUGUGCACUUGCAGUCCACAAAAGAGACGCUGAGCAUUUAUGAAGCAAAGUCCAGAGGCCUGCUGACUCCUGGGACGUCCCUCGUGCUCCUGGAAGCCCAGGCUGCCACCGGCUUUGUCGUAGACCCAGUCAACAACAAGAAACUUUCGGUCGAAGAAGCUGUGGCUCUGAGAGUGGUUGGCAGCGAGUGGCAAAAGAAGCUGCUCUCAGCAGAACGAGCUGUCACGGGAUACAGAGACCCUUACACGGAAAAAACAAUCUCUCUGUUCCAGGCCCUGAAAAAAGACCUGAUCGUCAAAGAGCAUGGAAUUCGUCUUCUUGAGGCUCAAAUUGCCACAGGAGGCAUCGUUGACCCAGUAUUCAGUCACAGAGUGCCCGUGCAGGUGGCUUACCGAAGAGGCUACUUUGAUGAGGAAAUGAACCAGAUUUUGUCCGACCCAGAUGACGACACCAAGGGCUUUUUUGAUCCCAACACACAAGAGAACCUCACCUAUCUCCAACUGGUCGAGAGGUGCAUCACAGAUCCCGUCACUGGACUUAGUUUGUUAGUUAUUGUGAAGAAAGGGGAGUUCUAUUUCUAUGUUGAUGAGGCCACGAAACUCACCCUGAAAUCAAAGACAACCACCCGAGCAGGCGGGAAGUAUCACGGAACAACGGUGUCGCUGUGGGAUCUGCUCUACUCUCGAUACAUCACUGAGGAGAAGAGGCGAGAGCUUGUGCGACAGUACAAAUCUGGAGGCAUCACGAUUGAACGCUUUUUGGAGAUCAUCUUGAUUAUCACUCAGCAGCAGACCACCACCGCCGCAACCUCACCGGUCAUCACAUGUCAAACACCAGAAACAAAGGUUGACAGCAGCACCGCGGAGACCACCAUCACCACCACAGUCACAGAGACCGGAAGCUUCCAUGGUAUUCGGAAGGAUGUCAGUGCUACGGAGUUGCUUCAAUCCAAAAUCAUCACUGAAGACCUCUACGAAGAUCUCAACGCAGGAACAAUCACAGUAAAGGAAGUGAGUGAAAUGGACUCGGUCCGCAGGUACCUGGAAGGGACCAACUGCAUUGCAGGUGUGCACUUGCAGUCCACAAAAGAGACGCUGAGCAUUUAUGAAGCAAAGUCCAGAGGCCUGCUGACUCCUGGGACGUCCCUCGUGCUCCUGGAAGCCCAGGCUGCCACCGGCUUUGUCGUAGACCCAGUCAACAACAAGAAACUUUCGGUCGAAGAAGCUGUGGCUCUGAGAGUGGUUGGCAGCGAGUGGCAAAAGAAGCUGCUCUCAGCAGAACGAGCUGUCACGGGAUACAGAGACCCUUACACGGAAAAAACAAUCUCUCUGUUCCAGGCCCUGAAAAAAGACCUGAUCGUCAAAGAGCAUGGAAUUCGUCUUCUUGAGGCUCAAAUUGCCACAGGAGGCAUCGUUGACCCAGUAUUCAGUCACAGAGUGCCCGUGCAGGUGGCUUACCGAAGAGGCUACUUUGAUGAGGAAAUGAACCAGAUUUUGUCCGACCCAGAUGACGACACCAAGGGCUUUUUUGAUCCCAACACACAAGAGAACCUCACCUAUCUCCAACUGGUCGAGAGGUGCAUCACAGAUCCCGUCACUGGACUUAGUUUGUUAGUUAUUGUGAAGAAAGGGGAGUUCUAUUUCUAUGUUGAUGAGGCCACGAAACUCACCCUGAAAUCAAAGACAACCACCCGAGCAGGCGGGAAGUAUCACGGAACAACGGUGUCGCUGUGGGAUCUGCUCUACUCUCGAUACAUCACUGAGGAGAAGAGGCGAGAGCUUGUGCGACAGUACAAAUCUGGAGGCAUCACGAUUGAACGCUUUUUGGAGAUCAUCUUGAUUAUCACUCAGCAGCAGACCACCACCGCCGCAACCUCACCGGUCAUCACAUGUCAAACACCAGAAACAAAGGUUGACAGCAGCACCGCGGAGACCACCAUCACCACCACAGUCACAGAGACCGGAAGCUUCCAUGGUAUUCGGAAGGAUGUCAGUGCUACGGAGUUGCUUCAAUCCAAAAUCAUCACUGAAGACCUCUACGAAGAUCUCAACGCAGGAACAAUCACAGUAAAGGAAGUGAGUGAAAUGGACUCGGUCCGCAGGUACCUGGAAGGGACCAACUGCAUUGCAGGUGUGCACUUGCAGUCCACAAAAGAGACGCUGAGCAUUUAUGAAGCAAAGUCCAGAGGCCUGCUGACUCCUGGGACGUCCCUCGUGCUCCUGGAAGCCCAGGCUGCCACCGGCUUUGUCGUAGACCCAGUCAACAACAAGAAACUUUCGGUCGAAGAAGCUGUGGCUCUGAGAGUGGUUGGCAGCGAGUGGCAAAAGAAGCUGCUCUCAGCAGAACGAGCUGUCACGGGAUACAGAGACCCUUACACGGAAAAAACAAUCUCUCUGUUCCAGGCCCUGAAAAAAGACCUGAUCGUCAAAGAGCAUGGAAUUCGUCUUCUUGAGGCUCAAAUUGCCACAGGAGGCAUCGUUGACCCAGUAUUCAGUCACAGAGUGCCCGUGCAGGUGGCUUACCGAAGAGGCUACUUUGAUGAGGAAAUGAACCAGAUUUUGUCCGACCCAGAUGACGACACCAAGGGCUUUUUUGAUCCCAACACACAAGAGAACCUCACCUAUCUCCAACUGGUCGAGAGGUGCAUCACAGAUCCCGUCACUGGACUUAGUUUGUUAGUUAUUGUGAAGAAAGGGGAGUUCUAUUUCUAUGUUGAUGAGGCCACGAAACUCACCCUGAAAUCAAAGACAACCACCCGAGCAGGCGGGAAGUAUCACGGAACAACGGUGUCGCUGUGGGAUCUGCUCUACUCUCGAUACAUCACUGAGGAGAAGAGGCGAGAGCUUGUGCGACAGUACAAAUCUGGAGCCAUCACGAUUGAACGCUUUUUGGAGAUCAUCUUGAUUAUCACUCAGCAGCAGACCACCACCGCCGCAACCUCACCGGUCAUCACAUGUCAAACACCAGAAACAAAGGUUGACAGCAGCACCGCGGAGACCACCAUCACCACCACAGUCACAGAGACCGGAAGCUUCCAUGGUAUUCGGAAGGAUGUCAGUGCUACGGAGUUGCUUCAAUCCAAAAUCAUCACUGAAGACCUCUACGAAGAUCUCAACGCAGGAACAAUCACAGUAAAGGAAGUGAGUGAAAUGGACUCGGUCCGCAGGUACCUGGAAGGGACCAACUGCAUUGCAGGUGUGCACUUGCAGUCCACAAAAGAGACGCUGAGCAUUUAUGAAGCAAAGUCCAGAGGCCUGCUGACUCCUGGGACGUCCCUCGUGCUCCUGGAAGCCCAGGCUGCCACCGGCUUUGUCGUAGACCCAGUCAACAACAAGAAACUUUCGGUCGAAGAAGCUGUGGCUCUGAGAGUGGUUGGCAGCGAGUGGCAAAAGAAGCUGCUCUCAGCAGAACGAGCUGUCACGGGAUACAGAGACCCUUACACGGAAAAAACAAUCUCUCUGUUCCAGGCCCUGAAAAAAGACCUGAUCGUCAAAGAGCAUGGAAUUCGUCUUCUUGAGGCUCAAAUUGCCACAGGAGGCAUCGUUGACCCAGUAUUCAGUCACAGAGUGCCCGUGCAGGUGGCUUACCGAAGAGGCUACUUUGAUGAGGAAAUGAACCAGAUUUUGUCCGACCCAGAUGACGACACCAAGGGCUUUUUUGAUCCCAACACACAAGAGAACCUCACCUAUCUCCAACUGCUCGAGAGGUGCAUCACAGAUCCCGUCACUGGACUUAGUUUGUUAGUUAUUGUGAAGAAAGGGGAGUUCUAUUUCUAUGUUGAUGAGGCCACGAAACUCACCCUGAAAUCAAAGACAACCACCCGAGCAGGCGGGAAGUAUCACGGAACAACGGUGUCGCUGUGGGAUCUGCUCUACUCUCGAUACAUCACUGAGGAGAAGAGGCGAGAGCUUGUGCGACAGUACAAAUCUGGAGCCAUCACGAUUGAACGCUUUUUGGAGAUCAUCUUGAUUAUCACUCAGCAGCAGACCACCACCGCCGCAACCUCACCGGUCAUCACAUGUCAAACACCAGAAACAAAGGUUGACAGCAGCACCGCGGAGACCACCAUCACCACCACAGUCACAGAGACCGGAAGCUUCCAUGGUAUUCGGAAGGAUGUCAGUGCUACGGAGUUGCUUCAAUCCAAAAUCAUCACUGAAGACCUCUACGAAGAUCUCAACGCAGGAACAAUCACAGUAAAGGAAGUGAGUGAAAUGGACUCGGUCCGCAGGUACCUGGAAGGGACCAACUGCAUUGCAGGUGUGCACUUGCAGUCCACAAAAGAGACGCUGAGCAUUUAUGAAGCAAAGUCCAGAGGCCUGCUGACUCCUGGGACGUCCCUCGUGCUCCUGGAAGCCCAGGCUGCCACCGGCUUUGUCGUAGACCCAGUCAACAACAAGAAACUUUCGGUCGAAGAAGCUGUGGCUCUGAGAGUGGUUGGCAGCGAGUGGCAAAAGAAGCUGCUCUCAGCAGAACGAGCUGUCACGGGAUACAGAGACCCUUACACGGAAAAAACAAUCUCUCUGUUCCAGGCCCUGAAAAAAGACCUGAUCGUCAAAGAGCAUGGAAUUCGUCUUCUUGAGGCUCAAAUUGCCACAGGAGGCAUCGUUGACCCAGUAUUCAGUCACAGAGUGCCCGUGCAGGUGGCUUACCGAAGAGGCUACUUUGAUGAGGAAAUGAACCAGAUUUUGUCCGACCCAGAUGACGACACCAAGGGCUUUUUUGAUCCCAACACACAAGAGAACCUCACCUAUCUCCAACUGCUCGAGAGGUGCAUCACAGAUCCCGUCACUGGACUAAGUUUACUACCCUUGAUCAAAAAGUAAAGAAUCAUGUUUUUGUGCUUUGCUCUAUAUCGUAAUUCGUAGACGUCAUUUUUAACAUUUUAUUUCCAUUUUUCAUGUCUUUCUGAUAUUCCAGGAAAUUGUUGAGCAAGGUACUCAAAUAUAUGCAUUUGAAAUCUUUUUAGUUCAAGCAUAAGUUUAUCGACUAUUUUGCCUGUGGUGUUAAAAAUGACCUAAUAAACAUAGGUUGCGAACACUG